UUCACCUCGUGCGAUAGCGGCUUCGACAGCCCCAAAGUCCAAGCCGUGAAUGCCACCACCUACGACUGGUGGUACUUCGACGCGAUCGGCAGCGACGGGGUCUCCUCGCUGGCAGUUGUCUUCUUCCUCGAGGCGAACCAGUCUGGCUUCAGCGUGACGGAGAACUUCACCAACGUGGACUUCGUGCAGAUCUCCGGCUCCUUCGCCAACGGGACCACCUUCGCCGACUUCCUGUUCGCCGAGGACGCGGCUCUCGUGGCCACCAUGGGCGACGGGUCGAGCGGGCGCUGGCCCGGCACGGGGGCGUCCUGGGCCGGCAGCCCGGAUCUGUCCGAUUACCUCGUCACGCUGGAGGCGAGUCACCUGGGCUUCGAGGGAACCUUCUCGAUGCACUCGGUCGCGCCCCCGCACUACCCCUGCAGCCCGAAGCGCGCCAACCAGCCCUUGGAGGUUCUCCCGGGAGUCGGCUGGGCCAACGCCGUCCCCGACGCCGACGUGACGGUCAAGAUGACGGUGCAAGGCUCGCCGUUGAGCUUUACUGGGACUGGAUACCACGAUAAGAACUGGGGUGUCAAACCCUUCACCACAGCCGUAGGAAGCUGGUACUGGGGCCACGCGCGCAUGGGCCCGUACUCACUGGUCUGGCUGGACGCGCUGGACCCCAACCGGACCGAGUACGCGAGCGGCUACGUGGCGUACCAGGGUCAGAUCCUGCACGCCGCGUGCGGCGCGAUGAAGGUGCGUCCGACGGGCGCGAAUGUGAGCUUCCCGCCCCAAGGGGACGAUGCCCUGCCCCAGGGGUUCCGGAUCGAGGUC